CAACUACAUCACAACCCACCAUGUCUCUUGCACGUCAAUUCCUGCGCGAGUUCCGCCCGCUCUUCCGCAUGCUCGAGGAGCCCUUGGGCAGGGCGCCCGGAUACGCUGGCCUCCCCAUGCGCAGCUUCUUCGAUGACCCCUUCUUCAAUUCGCCCACACACGCGCGCCCGGCAAUCGAUGUCUCCGAGGAAGGCAACCAGUACGUCGUCGAGGCGGAGUUGCCGGGCGUCAAGAAGGAUAAUGUGGAGGUCCGCAUCGGAGACGGAGGGCGGAGCGUGACAAUCGAGGGGAAGAUCGUGCGCCGCAGCAGUGCCCCUCAGACGGAGGAGGGCUCAACCGCCGCUACCAGUACUGAAGGUAAUCCCACUCGACCUCCCCUUGUGUCGGCGGCAAGACCGGCGGGUGCUAACCGACUGACCGCAGCAGCAGCAGUAGCGAAGCCAGACGAGACGUCGAACCAGCUGUCGGUUGAGCGCACGUUCACCGGAAGCUCGUCGUUUACGCGGACAGUAUGGCUGCCGCGCCCUGUGGACCCCAACAAGGUCUCGGCCAAGUUGACGGACGGGAUCCUGACGGUCCGAAUUCCCAAGGCAGAGGAGGUCGGGACGGUGAAAGUGGAUGUGGAUUGAACACGGUCAAAAGACGGGUGUCGGAGUGUAGGAUAUUCGACCGCGGCCGAGUCCGGCCUGUGUACCAUACUUGUUGUAUAGCGACUCUCGACCUCUAAUAU